CGACUCAGUAUCCUCUUCAAUACAGGCACGUCAUCUCAUUAUGACAUGAAGGGCGUUAGUCAAACGCGCGCUACCUAAGUACAACAUACCGGAAGGAAACAGGUCGGCAAGCACUCUCACAUCUUUUCUAUCGACAUGGUGGUGACCAGCUUGACCCCUGCUUGCUUUCUUCUGGUGUUUCUGUGUACCGCGGCUCUUUCAGAGCUCAAAGCAACGAAGUGUCUCAACGAGAUCACAGCAUGCCAGCUGCGAGACAACACCUGCAGGUGUACGGCCGAGAACGGGCGCUGUCCGUGUUGUAGCAAGUGCCGAACGUGCCUCGGAGACAAACUGUGGGAGGAGUGCUGCGAUGUCGCCAACCUGUGUCCACAGACGGAAAAAAACAAAGUGGAGGACACUGAUGACGACAUAGUCAUCGGGCACCUUGAUACGCCAGCUCCCGACAUGUUCUGGUUAAUUACGGACGUUCAUGUGCGUAAUGAACUUCUUCCAAUCGACGUCUACAACGUGACCGACCGUGACAAAAUCGGGCUGGUGGCAAUGAAUUGCACGUCGGCUGCGUAUUGGUGCUGCAUGGUGAUGUCGAAGUGUAUUGAGUCCUGUAAGGAUAUCGGAGCAACGCGAUUCCGUUGGUAUCCGAAUUGUCGUAAGAGCGAUAACCUUAGCUGUGGAUGCUGCGAGUGUGAAGGCAGUGGUUGUAUCAAGGAGAUAGAGGAGCGACCUCCUAUGUGUAGAGUCUGUGGUAAAAACGUGAGUAUCGGCCAAAUGGAUGAAAAAUGCAAAGACAAAACUUACCAAGUUCAGAAUGAUGAUGUUAUCAGUCAGUAUUGAGUUCUAGCAUAUGGUAGGUAGUACAGACUUUAUGGAGAAGUAAGGGUAUUGUUAGGCAUGAAUUAAAUAAUAAUGAUCAAUGGAUUUUGCAAUGGCUUGAUGAUGCAGACCUAAAUUUGUUGGUGGCACCACUCUGUCUUAACAUGACACAGAUCUGUAAUGACUAUAGCAAGCAGGUUUUCAAUGAAGUGUGGAAUUAGUAAGUGACAAGCGAGUUUUACUGUUACAGCAAAAUUUGUUAGGAAAUUGGUUUUAUAAAAUUAUAUAUCUGUAUAUAUAUGCAGUC